AUGGCGUCUGGCAGUACGGAAAACCGAUUUCUGCGCCCUCCAAGCGACGAAGAAUAUGCACCAGUCUAUCGCUCCUCCUCCAGUUAUAACCCUCUUCAUACCUUUCAAUUGCCGUCUGGCCAGGAAAGACACUAUCAACAACAAUAUGGCGAUAUGUACUUCUUGCGACUUGCCAAGUUAAAACCGGCAGUGGAGGAAAUUGCGGUAGAGACAUGGGAAGGGUUCAGUAUCGCCGGAGAGCAUGCUCGUCGCGUGGAAAGAGUGCUCGAUGUAAGACAAGGAGAGCUUUGCUGGGUUGCAGGCACAAUCUACAUGGACUUGCCAUUAAAGCCCAAUAUCUUGGAUGACCUGACGAAAGAGGCAAGUCGACAAUAUUUAUUCCUCGUACGCCUGCACUUGCUAAUGCUAUGGCAGAACUACACAUUAGCUCCUCCCCCUCGCCCGACUUACCUUGAUCCUGCCCACCCCGAAUUGACACAAAUUAUGCUAGAAGACGAGUCCGGCCGCCUGCGGUUGACCGGAAACAUGCUUAGAUCUACCCAAUUGGCUACAGGAGCUAUAGUUGCCGUGCUAGGAACUGAGAACUCGAAUGGAGACUUUGAGGUUAUCGAUGUAAAGGUCCCUGACCUACCUCGUCAACCCCAUCGGUGGGAGAGGGAUGAAAAGCAGUCUUCCCAGGAAGGAACUGGUAAAAGUAAAAUUGCUUUUGUGAGCGGUCUUGGGAUUACCGGAACUUCGAGCGACACAUUAUCCCUGGAGCUCUUAACAGACUACCUCCUUGGCUACACAGGUUCCCAAUCAUCAGCAAAUGACGAGAGUGCACCCCCGGAUGCUUCUGCAAUUACGAGGCUGGUCAUUGCGGGAAAUUCUCUCGGUGCAAGCAUGACUACCGAUCCUAACGAGAAUGCAGCUGCUUCAAAGAAGAAAAAUGGGCCAAAGAAAUAUGGCUAUGAUGCUUCCGCGUACAAUGCUUCUCCAAUCACCCAGUUCGAUAACUUCCUCGCCGAGAUUCUACCCACCAUACCUGUUACCCUUAUGUCAGGCGCAAGCGACCCAGCCAAUUUCUCACUGCCUCAACAGGGUAUCCACCGAGCUAUGUUUCCGCGAUCUAGGGCAUAUUGCUCUGGACCCACGUCUGCUGGCGAAACCCCAGAGCCAGGAUGGUUCGAUAGCGUCACGAAUCCCUGGGAAGGAGACAUAGAAGGAUGGCGUCUCUGGGGUUCGAGCGGCCAGAAUGUCGACGACGUCCUUCGCUAUCUAGAUUUUGCGAAUUCGAGUGGUACUGUUGAUGGCAACGGGGAUGCCGAGGCUAGGGUUAAGAUCAUGGAGGCCAUGUUGCGUUGGAGGUGUGGUGUUCCCACCGCACCUGACACAAUCUGGUCCUAUCCAUUCCAAACACACGAUCCUUUCGUGAUGGAGGCGUGUCCGCAUAUCUUCUUCGCUGGUAACCAGCCACAGUUCAAGACCGCGGUAAUAGAAGGCGACGCUCCCUUGAAGCUGAAUGGAGCCGACACAGAGAUGACCGGUAUGGAUGAUAACACAUCUGGCCCACGAGUCCGUCUGUUAUCCAUUCCUACGUUCAAGGAAACUGGCGAACUGGUACUAGUUGAUACCGAGACGCUGGAGGUAGAGGUCGUCAAAUUCGGCACAUACGCCGGGCAGCAGGAAAAGCAAUGA